AUGGAUCUUUGUAGAUUACAGAAGACGCUGAGCAAGGUACACAUCUCCAUGACAACACUUCUCGGUCCUGUUCUGGUGGUCGUGACGGAUCUCGCUGCCAGGCUUUUGGGUCAUUCUUUAUUCAGGCGUCAUUUCCCUCUCCUGCUCUCCAGCACGGUGCUGUUUGGACCAGCCCUGAGCCCCUGGGUCUCCAAGCACAGCAUCUUUGCCAACAAGAACCACUACUUAUACAGAUUGUUCCUGCGUUCUUGUUGGGGCUGGACCUGUAUCUUCACCGGUUCCUUCCUCUUCCUCCUCACUUUCUCCAUCCGUCCUUCCCUCAUUCUCUCCCUCCGUCAUCUUUCCCGGCUAGCUGCGACCGGCCUCCUGUGGUCAUUGUGCCGUCACCUCCUGUCCCUUCUGUUGGACGCUUCGGGGAGCUGUUACGAGCCUCUCCGUUCUCCUCCAGGGGGCCAGGGGGGCCCCGGGGGAGGCCUGGGGCCUGGAGUCAUGGGUAAAGAUCGUUUGCUGCUGUUUCGGGAGGGCCAGGGCAAAGCUGCCUGCCUGAGAGCUGGACUAAUCUGGCGUGGACCUGAAGUGUCUGAAGACACACUGGUUCUCUUUCUGUGUUGUCUGGUCCUGACUGAAGAGAUGGCUGUCUUUAGGCCCUGUCUUGCCCUGCUGAGGCCCCUGGCAGCCCCAUUGAGACUGUUAUUUCUGUUCUGUGUGGCCCUUCUGGCUCUCUGGCUAUUCCUGCUCCUUAGCUUGCUAGCACAUUUCCCGCAGUUCACCUCCCAGCUGCUAGGGGGCGCUGUGGGAUUUCUGACAUGGAAAGGACUCUACCAAGGCUGGUACAGACUAGGUCCCAGCUGGUACUGCCCAGGGCUGCCUGGUGAAGGACUAUUGGUUUCUACAGAUGAUGGACAAGACAAGAGGCGCCUAAAUAUGAAUCUGUACCAUUGUAAUAAAUAA